AAACAGCAUAGCAAUCGUCUGCGUCGCAACACUCCGAGUUGAUAUUCAUUGAUAAACGUUUAUUUCACCGUAUAAGUGUGCAACCCUAUGACUCGGUGAUCAAAAGCUCAAUUGAUGUAUUGAUAACACGAAUUCAUCUCAAGUCCCUCCGGGAUGCAGGGAAACGGUUGGAAGUAUCCGCGCACCAGCUUCGCGUGGGUUUCAGUGCCGGGGCGCAGGUGUAUAUAAGUGCCUCGGGCGCCGUAUCAAAUGGCACACACACAGUCCCACCGUUCGAGCGAGCUGCAAGAAAGCAGCGGGGAGCUUCGAGAGGUUUUCGAGAGCUUCCUGCUGAACUGCUUGGGAGAGGACCAGACUUCAAGCCUACCCCAUACAGUCUCACAGUUCAAGGAUGCUGCUCUCCUAUACCUACGUUCCGACGCUCGUCGUGGCCGCUGCCGCGCUUCUCGUCACCCUCCCAGCCGGCGGCCGGGCCCAGCUGAUGGAAGGUGACCCGGAGCUCGGUCAUCCACUGCAGAACAAGCGCUCCUUCCUCGGCCUGCAGUGUCGCGGAGUGUUUGACAAGGUCACCUUUCACGAGCUGAACGCCGUCUGCAAGGAGUGCUACGGACUCUAUCAGGAGCCCGAGCUGCAUGGCCUCUGCCGGUCCGAGUGCUUCACCACCGAGUACUUCAAAGGCUGUCUGCAGGCGCUGCGGAGAGCCCACGAGACGGACAAAUUCGACAUGGCCAUCCGCCGGAUCAGCGGCAAAUAAUUAGACCCCUGCUGACCAUAGACGAGAAGAGACCAAUGUUACCCGCAUGGGCCAACGCUAGGAUUGUGUGUGUUUGGGUGUAACUUAUGUGCUAGUCACGGGCGGCUGGCCAUGCGUUAAGCGGAGAUUUAUUGGUCAAAUUAAUUAUGAUGUUUCUAUGAGGAAUGAAGGAGCAUGUUCUUUCGUACGGUUAUGUUCUUAUGAAUUAGCAGUAGCAACUGUUUUCUAUUGAGGCUGGAAGUGGAGAUUCAGUUUUUCGAGCAGUGUUCAACUACUUCACUUUGUAAGCCGAUGCAGCAACAAUGUGUUGAAUAA